AUGUCGCAUUCGUCCCUUCACCACCGACCUCAAUUUCUCUCCUACCUGAAGGAUCGACUUCGGCGGGACGGCAGUUCGAGCAGGUUCGAAUAUAUCAACGCCGCCUACUACCCCAGCUGGCGGGUCUAUCGCGGGCAGCUACCAUCUUCUCUAAACCUGAGAAUCAUAUCACAUGUUUUCUAUGCGUUUUUAAGAGCUCACGAGGAUGGAACAAUCUAUUUCCUGGAUGAACAUGCGGAUACUCAGAUCAGGGUGAACGGGGAAAGCGGUUGCCUCAACGCCUUUAAGAAGCUGAAGAAGGAGAACCCUCACCUGAAAAUUAUCCUAUCUGUCGGCGGCAGCAGUGGCAGCUCGACCUUCCCUGCGUUCGCAGCACAAGAAGCGUCCCGACGCACAUUCGCAUCAACUUCGAGACAAGUAGUUGAAAGAUAUGGUUUCGACGGCAUUGAUGUUGAUUGGGAGCAUCCGUCCAACCCCAAGCAGGGAGAGGACUACGUGAAGCUGUUGUCCACCCUACGGGAAUACCUUCCCUCACCCCGGUUCCUAUUGACCUCAGCAUUACCAGUGGGAGAAUGGUGUCUGAGUAACAUCGAUCUUCGUGCAACCUCACAGCAUUGCGACUUCAUAAACCUGAUGACCUAUGAUUUCGCAGGCAGCUGGACGGAGCUCUCUGGCCAUCAGGCUCAGCUAACGAGCCCGCCAAAUCCGCCUAACGCCUUUGCUAGACGGUCUGUCGAGAACGGAGUCGACUAUCUACAAGCCCACGGUGUCUCAUCAGGGAAGACCCUGAUCGGUAUCCCUGUAUAUGGGCGCUCUUUCCUGGGAGUAACUGGAACUGGUCAACCAUUCACAGGACAUGGAGGCGAGGAUGGGAUCUUCGAAUAUAAGGACCUUCCAAGACCAGGAACUCAGGAAAAUAUUGAUAUGGAACGAUGCGCAGCAUUUUGUGUCGGAGGCGACGGUGGUUUCGUCACUUAUGAUAACCCCGAAACGGUCCAAAUGAAGGCAAAGUAUGUGAAGGACCAUAAAAUAGCAGGUCUGUUCUAUUGGACAGGGACAUUUGAUGCGGACCCUCCGCGGAGCUUGGUGGCAACCGGAUAUAAGUAUUUGAACUCGUGA